GCGCUUAAAAGCGCGCCGUCCGCCCGCCUUAGCGCAUUCGACAAUUGCAAGGCCUAGUAACAUGUGCUAAGGACACUGCACUUACACACGUGAACAUAACGAAUCGGACUUUCAGUAAAAAUGGCCCAGAUCACUAUCACCCUUACUCUGCUCGCCGCUCUUCUAAUGCUGCAAGGUGUCAGCGCAAAACGUGGCUGUUCUGCUUUCGGCCACUCCUGCUUCGGCGGCCACGGCAAAAGAUCAGGGGACACUAACAAUAUAGAUUCCUCUAACCCGGAACUGAUGAUGCAACGGCAGAUGGGCCAAGAAGAAACCCCUCCUCACCCUGGCUACCCUCGCUCCGGCUUCAGCGGCAUGUUGCCGGCCGGUGAUGACAUCAUUCCUGUAAGGGAUGGAGGUAUUUACGACCCGGAGAACAGCGCCGCAGCCCGCGAGGUAAUGAAGUUUAAACUUCGGAACAUCGUCAAGCACUGGAUGGACAACUACAGGCGGGCGCAGCCGAACAACGACGAGGGCUACUUCGCGGAAACAUUGUAAAUUAUGCAACUGUAACACUAUGUGCAAUUAUAACAUAGUCAUAUAAAAGCUUGGUUUUCAUACUUGGUUUUAAAAUACGAAUGAAAGCAA